AUGGCGAAGCUCAAUGAUCCCCCCCUUCCACCCACAGAAAGCUUUGAAUCCCUGCUGGCGCACGCUGACGAACGGACCUAUGCAGUGAAACGCCGCUUCAUUCGUCAAAACCGCGAAAUCGCCCGUGUCAAUUCGACGCAGUCGCAACGCAUCCGUAAUCUCGAGACCGAGAUCUCCCGCCUCGUGGCCGAGAAUGUAUCGUUGAGAGAACAGGCGAUCGCCGCGCAGGCGGAAGCGGAACGAUGGCGCGCAACUAGUUCCGUCAACGCAGAGAUUCUCGACCUGAGGGACCGCUUGAACAAGAAAGUCGAGGAAGUGGCCGAGAUGCUGGUCGAGAUGGGUAACAUACCCGAAAAGGCGGCACGGAAAGGAAGGCGGAAAAGCAGGCUUGUCAGGACGACGAUGAGUAGUGCGACGGAACAAGAGUGGAGGAAUCGGCUGUCGACCAGAGAAGCAUUCGCUCAGGAGAGGGCAGAUCUGUACGAUGGGCGAUUACCCUCUAUCCACGAAGACAAACUUUAUCCGCGAAGAACGCUGGAGACCUCUGAAUUAUUAGCCCUGCGGGAAGAGGCUGCUCUCCAACAAGCGGCAGAGUCGCCAGAGAUCGGACCUCCUCCAGUCGUGCACUUUGACGUCCCCUCCGAACCCCCCGAAGUGGAUGCUGCACGGAUGUCAGAGGAUGAGAAUGCUGGGGAGGAAGUCAUGCAGUUACCGUCACUUCUGGAAAGGAGGCGGAAACGUCGAACGAGCGCCCUAAUUCACGACCUACCGACUGAAGAAACCCCUGUCCCGGAUGAGCAGCCAAUAAAGCCGAGCCAGCAGUUACUGAAAUCAGGCGCCAAACGGAAAUUGGAUGUCUCUGAGCUCGACGAGCCUGUUCUUCAACACCCGUCGAACGAGAAUGACGACUUUGUCUAUCAACGUCGGCAAGAGAUCUGGAGCAACGCUACCGUCAACAGCAAAAAGGCGUCUAGAUUUACGAGACCGCCAGGGCGAGAAAGUGGGGAUCCGAUAGAUCUUACGAAGCAAUUAAGCCCUCAGAAAGCCGCGGUUGCAACCAGGAAGAUCCUCGCACCCAAGAGUACAAAUUCCCCUGCGAAGAGAAGGGUGCAAGUGCCGGAAAAGCUCAAAGACGACCGAGAUCUGCAGGUAAACCACACAAUUGUCAAACCGACACGGCGAAAAGAGUCUCAAGCUCGUGUGGUUAUUGACAGCCUUGUCAGUGGUUCGAAUGAUCACGGCGAAGAGAAGGACAUUCCGCCAAAGACUCCAGCUGCAGAAGCCGCUGAUAUUCUCUCGCCUGUGUCCACAGAGCCAUCUUCCCGCACAGCACACCAAACGAAAGAAGCGGCAGUUCUGAACUCGGUGGAGGACGUGCUUAAUGGGAGCAUAGGAAGGGGAUCUCGUCGGCCGAGACCACAAAUCAGCUAUGCCGAGCCUAACCUGAGAGAUAAGAUGCGAAGGCCUGGCAAGGGGUUAGUGGGAGCUAUAGAGGGCAUUGAGAAGCAAAAAGAAAACCCUUCGAACAACAGAGGCACGAGUGUGGAACGGGCGAAAUCAGAAGGCGCCAAAGUCAAGCAGGAGGGCGAAAUCCAUCACGAGGAUGACAGAUGGAACGAUUUAGCAAUGUCGACCUCGACUGCUUGUAAGAAGGAUGAACCAAUCAGCCCUUUGAGGGGCAAAGAGAAGAAGGGAAAGGAAGAUGAUGAGACUAGGAAGUCGGGCAAACAAUUGAAACGCAACACUGCGGACGAGCUUGAGAGUGCAGUGGACCGAUUGAGUAUUUUCGACCCGCCACUCUCGUCACCAGCCGAUGACUCGAAAGAAAUGCAGACAGACGCGGCUGACCACAGAUCAUCAAAAAGUUCUGCUGGGGCGAGACGAAAGCCGUUGUCGAGCGCGACAACUACAACUAGAAGGCAUUCUAUGCAGCCUUCUUCAGGUGACCCGGCUAAUCUCCCUUCUGCUCCUCGCCAUCUCUCGUCAGGAUCCACAAAGUCCGACGCAAAUGUCCCAUCUUCACGACCGAGCUCUGCGGCAAGUCUGCGUGGAGACGCAACGUCCAGCGGUAGAACUUCCGCGACAAAGGACUUCAGGCGCUCGCACAGCAUAAGUUCCAGCCUCAAAGAGAAAGAGGCGGCAUCUUCUGGUGGCGGAACGGGACUCAAUGAGAGUUCCAGGGAGGAAAGAGCAUUGAACAGGCGGCGUAGUAUGAUGGUAUAG